UCUAGACUGGCCUGGGCCAAGCACACUCAAGACCCUCGGAUUGCAAUGGGCUCCCAGUCCCCACUAGAGAAGAUGGAGGUGAGGAAUUUAGGUGGUGUCCACUCUACAGCAGUGAGAAAACUGCUGGUCCAUGAGCUUCACCAGAAUGGAACACUUGAUAAACGUCAGGCCAUCUCUUUUGAUUCCUGGUCUGCUAAAGCAGAGGCAUACUACUAUCAAGAGCACCAAAAAAUGAUGGCGCAAGAAGCAUGCAAAUACGAAGUGGCCCCCACGUGGGAAACUAGACCCGAGGAGGAAGAGGAGAGGGCAGGAGCUGCUGAGACGUGGCACCACGCCGUGCCCGAGGGAACCAGCCAGAGAGAAACAGCCCGCGCCGAGCGCGCACGGGGCCUCAGCGACCACAGAGAAUCCUCAGUGAGAUUCUGUAUCCUGAAAACACACAAGCCUGACCCCAGAAAACACAAGGUAGCACGGGCCAAGGAACAUCAGGACAGAAUGAUCCGAGGGCGAGAGCUCACCGGGCAGAGGCAGGGUCCCAGGGACGCUCGGCUGCUCCCGAGCCACACCUCUCCUCCCCCAGGUCCCCAGGGGAGAGCUGGGCGCAAGAGCUUGAGUGGGUCACCGGAAGCACUCAUAGAAGUGCCCGUUCUAAUGAAAAAAUCAAAAGAGGAGAAAAUUAAAACACUCCGAAGGGAGGUCCUGAGUAUGCCACCAUUUCUGAGAAGUCAACUAGAAAAAAAUUAAGUUAACGUUCUUGAUUUUUAAGACUAGCAUACUUGUCAUUAAGCCAUUAGUGCAGUGAAAUCAUAUGCCUCUUUAUGUCUA